AUGCUCGCCUACAAUCCGACCUUCAAACCACCCACGCCGGCGCAACAACCAGGACGAUCUCCGUCGCCGCCGCGCAGAUUUGUCGAACCGUUAUCGCCGCCCAGACCACGCCCAAUCGAGCCCGUCUUCAACUAUCCGGCUUUGAACGACAACAUCAACUACGCAGUGAGGCCGGAGCAAUCCUUUGCUGGGACAGCCCAGUCGAGGAACCACAGUAUCAGCUACCAGAAUGGAGAGCGGCCGCAUAGCAUCACACCACGGACUCGGCAUCGCAGCUCAACCAUCGAGCAGCUCGCCGAAGCCGCGCUUGCCACGAGCCCUCGCUACAAUGUGCAUUCCAGUGGAAGCCCCAGCGCACUCAGCUAUGCGCCUCCUGCGCACUCGGAACCACCACACAAACGUAGCCGUUCUGAAAUGCUUCCGUCCCCACUGAUCGCGCAAUACGCAUCUCGGCCAGCAACAAGCUACGAGAACUCAGCGUGGCACACUUUGCCGGUACAGCAAACGCAACAUGGAGAGCCAGUGYACGAUAGACGUGUGGAGGAGGCCGCUUUGCUGCUCAACUUCCGCACCGGCGGCUGGACGACUCCGAAGCUCCCUCCGCCGCCGUUCCCAAGCUCGCUCAAUGCACACAACGCACAUAGGCCACAUGCAAAUAGCUUCCCACAAGAUGCCCACCAACCUCGUCCUCUUGAUCUUGCUGCGCAAGCAGCUCUCCUUCCUCCAUUUAACCCGCAGGACAGCUCUCAACCGCGACCAAGUCUGCCCUCUCCCCAGCAGACCAUCAUCGAUUCUCAUUCGAGUCCAAAGGAGGGGCCUUAUAAACUUCGAACCACGGAAACAUCUCCAGCGCUGAUGAGUGGAUUUGCUCCGCACUCAGAUGUCGAAACGGGCAGUGCGCCCCAGCAGACACAGACGCCACCAGACGAGGAAAUGUCCAGAGCGCAAAGCACUGAGGUGACCAUGAGUGAGGCGUCUGACAUAGCAGUUUCCAGAGCUAAGCGAGGUGCUCCAAAGAGCAAGACGCGAGCAGUGGCCGGGAGGAAAAGCAUUGCGGACAAAUCUGCUUCGAAAAGAGCAGCAGCUCGCAAGAAGACGCCUGAUGCAAGCAAAGCAAAAAAGAGUCUUCUUGCACUUCACACAGACGAAGACAUGGAUGUACACGGGCUCAACCGGAAUCGACGGAAGAGUUUGAGCGAUCUCUCGGCAGACGAGCAUGAUGCUCAAAGUGAGCAUCGCGCACGUUCUGUGCCUCGAGAAACGCCAAUGAUUGUUCGGUCAAUCUCACCGGUGAAGGCUGCCCCCCGYCGCAAGGCCAAGGAUCAUGUCGAUAUCAUAUGUGCGGGCUGCGCGACAGCACGAGAGGCAAAACACCUCAACGGAGAGCUUGAUGAGUGGAUAUCCUGCAAUGGUUGCAAAAACUGGUUUCAUGUCGACUGCGCGGGCUUUAAGAAAGCUCUUGAAGUGCGAGACGUGGACAAAUACUUCUGCACUCCAUGCGAGCCAACCCACGGCAAAACCACAUAUGUUCGCAAGAGCACUCGCGCGCAUACGUCUGUGGACUACGCAGAAUUGCAACGAGGUGUGUUGAAAACAAGCGAAGAGAGCAACGAGCAUCACUACAUUCAACCUAUCAAGGAUGGUACAUUCCAGUUCGAUCCAGAGAGUUUCCCGCGGAUGCGACCUGAGCUGGUCACUCGAGACAUGUUCGAGAGAAGUGGGACUUUCACAGAGCCGAUAUGCAUACCCGCGGCGUGGAAUCCAAGACCCUGGCUYYAGGGUCAUGCCAUCGCAUCGGAACACGGUAGCCACUACGGCACCACGGGCGGUGAUGAAGAAAGUGGCCUACUUGGCAUGUCACCAGACGACUACGAAUACGAUACUGUACCAGACGACGGGCAGGAUAAACUGGGUAUGGUCAUGCCGGAGGAACUUACAGUUCGCCAGGUCUGCAAUUUGGUUGGGCCAGACACGCCGCUCGACGUGAUAGACGUAAAGACACAGAACUCUGGUUCAAAAUGGACACUCAGUAGGUGGGCGGACUAUUACGAGGAAGCUGGCGACGAUAAACCGAUCCGCAACGUAAUAUCCCUCGAGGUGUCCCAGACCAAGUUAGGACGACUUCUCCGGCGCCCCAAWAUCGUACGCGAUAUCGACCUGCAAGACGACGUGUGGCCUCAAAAAGAGAUUGAUCUUGGGAAGUGGCCGAAAGUACAAUUCUACUGCCUCAUGUCCGUUGCUGACAGCUACACCGACUUCCACAUCGACUUUGGCGGGAGCAGCGUCUACUAUCACAUUCUAAAGGGCAAGAAGACUUUUUUCUUCAUCCCUCCGAAGGCGAAACAUCUCAAAGCCUACGAGGAGUGGAAUGAAAGUCCCCAGCAGAACUACACCUUCUUGCCAAGCAUCACCAAUGAAUGCUAUCGGGUGGACCUCAGUGAGGGUGACACGAUGCUCAUUCCUUCUGGGUGGAUCCAUGCAGUCUGGACGCCCGAGACGAGUCUUGUGAUUGGAGGCAACUUUCUCACAAGGAUGUCUUUCCAGAACCAAUUCAAGGUCGUGGACAUCGAGAAAGCAAAUGAAACGCCCAUGAAGUUCCGUUAUCCAUACUUCCAAAAGAUCAUGUGGUACACCGCGAUCAAGUACCUGAAGACGGAUCCCCUCCCGGAUGAUGUUACACAGCUGUUGUAUGCAGGACAACGGUUCGAGCGUCAACAGCCCAUCUGGGUCGACUUUGACGGUGAGCUUGCUGCGAAUGACCCCCGGCCGGGCGCGAAGAACGCUCGUUACUAUGGUCAAGCCGAGUUAGAUGGUCUGCCAGAUCUGGUCACCUUCAUUUUUCACACAGUCAUGCUAGUGAUGGGGCGUGUCGAGGGCAUCACCGCGGACCGCAUGAAACGCGUCAACGCGAGCAUUCCGAAAGGACAUGGCGAGCCGCUCGAGGUCGCGAAAACUUUUGCGUUGUGGGUCGCCUGGAAGCGAAACGAAGAUCCCCCGGCAUGGGCACACCCCGACGCAGUGCUUCCGAAUACCAAAGAGGGCAUUCCCAAGAAGCUCUCUGCGCGCGCGUUGAAGGAGUUGGAGCGCAAAGAAGCCAUCGCCGCGUGGAGACUCGCACCCGAUCGACAGAGCGCGCGUGUGAGAGGCAACACUAAUUCUGCCGUGAACGCCACAGCCACAGCAGCAAGCGGGUCUGCGCACGGUCCCACUCCCGAUCCGACGGCGAUCUGUGCAUCAAUCUCGACUUCAACUCCUAACACGCAUCAUCAAAAACAUCAAAGUCAUCAACAAACACCUCCCCAGAAUCACGCGGCACAAAUUUAUGCGCACCACACGAUGCCUGCUCAGGCGUCCUCUAUUCCACGGACGGCAAGCCUGAUGCCGGGCAGUCUGCCCGUACCCCAUCUCAGCUCGCCAAAAACUUCAGUACUCGGGCCCAAGCGCGUCGCGUGUGAUGCCUGCCGCAAGCGGAGGAUUCGAUGCAAGCACAAGGAUAUGGUCCUGCAAACUUCACCCAACGGUUCCAAUGCGAUGCACUACAUGUCGCCGGACAUGCAAUACAAUGGCCAUGACAUGCAUGAAAACAUCGUUGUCAAACCCGCCACCGACGGCCACGGGUACAGUCUGGCAUCGCAUGUCCCACUUGGUCAGCCCAUGCCUGGCACCAACGCAUACGUUAACUCUCACAUUCCCAUGGCAAUAAAUGGUGUCGCGAUAUUUGAUUCCUCCAAACGAGGGCGAACUAAAGCCUGCUACGAGUGCAGAAGGUCAAAACGCCGGUGUGUACACGACGACAAUGGUAACAUUGAUCCGGUGAAGGCGUCAGAGACUCCCGUGGCCAGAGGCUCUGGCGCCCACAAGAAGCGUCCUCUCAUGUCGGGCGAAAACACUCACAUCCAGGCCAAACGGGCCAAAUCAGUCAGCGCAAGUGCCGACCUGUCCCCAGUGCCCAUGUUCCAUCAGGCCCAGACCACUCCUGAAUUGCAGAGGCAACAUUUGCGGACACCAUCCAAUGGUGAUUUGUACCAGGAGCAAAUGGCAGAUGUUCCUACGAACGACCAGUCCAACGGCAACGGCAACGCAUACCCCCAGAACAGUCACCUCGAGCAGCAUGAAACACACGAGCCUCUGGAUCCGAACUUAUUCGCUUAUCCAGCUUCUUCUGGCGAUGCCCCGUAUGGUGCCAGCAGUUACUCGUAUCCCGCUACAGACCGGCCUCAUCUCUACCAGAUGCAAUCUCUGGAGCAGAUAGCCAGUGAGGUGCUGGACAUGAAUGCAGAUUAUCAAGAUCAAAAUGAGUCUCGGCCGAGCAGCAAGGAAUUUUCAAAUGCGCCGGUGCCCCACGGUCUGCCCAUGAACCCGCCGGAUGCGGACGGAAGCGUCGACUCGGGUGUGUCGCUUCCCGGAUCAGAGAACAUGGAGCACUUUGGUGCCCAUCCCCAAAAGGAAGAUCUAGUGGAGAUGACACUUGAGCAAUCAGCCGCCCUUGCUUCCUAUCAGGUUCCUGACGACGAGGAAUCCAAAAUCGCUCCACGGCUUCCUGCUGAGUCUUCCAUGGAGAAUGGCAAAAGCAAAAGCAGUCUGCCGCUAUAUCGGCCCCCAGCGCCCCUCUCCCAGUCACCCGAGCAAUCCCGGCGAAUUCCGAAUGGAUCGCCUGUCGAGGCGCCUGUGCAGACCAACAGCCACAAGCGCAAGAGGAGUUCCAUCUCUCAGCAUUCGGCUUGA